AUGGGGGCACUAAUGUCUUUUCUUAGGAGUAUCCUUGAGAUCCUUGCUUCUUCAGGCAGCAUUGGAACAGCGGUGGCUUGGUUGAUCACCUCUAAGCCAAUCUUGUUUGGAUUCUUAUUCCUUCUAUUGUUGCUUAGUAACUGGUUGGUCAAGUAUGAAUUCAAAUUCACCUCUCCAGAAUCCAAGCAGGACAAGCUCCUCGAGCGGCUUAUGAUCACUGAAAUGAAGCUAAAGGUCUUAGAAAGCCAGAUGUUCAUCAUAUGGAAUAAAAUUAAUCACUCCCGGAGGCCAGGCAAGAGGGUCGACCUGUACGGACACAUUCUCUUGCCCUGUGACUUCCAGCUGGGUUUGGCCAAUGGAGAUUCUUAG